AUGACUCCUAGGACCUCACCCCUUCUCUCGCUCGCCGAAAUCAUCUCCUCUGGCGUCCGUACCCUAGAAGCUGCGUACGCUAAGGAGGGUGUUCCCUACCCAUUGCUCGAUGAUCCCUUCAAGCCAGGCCCACUCGGCUUGGACGCCGACCCAGCCCUUCAACAGACCAGUCGUCUCAUCGUCGCCGCCGCUUACCAGAUCAUCGCGAGUGUCCGUCAUCCGAUGGAGACUGUUAUGGACUUUGCGCCCGCGCAGUACAUGUCGUCUACCCUCGGGACGGUCGUAGAAGCUCACGUUCCGGACGUGUUGAAGGACGUUGGAAGUCAGGGUCUUCAUGCUCGUGAGAUCGCCGCCUACUCUGGGGCGGAGCCAAGCAUGAUGGCACGGGUUCUUCGCUACCUCGCCACCCGACACGUCUUCCAAGAAGUGACACCCAACGUUUUCGCAAACAACCGAGUCUCUUCUAUACUCGUCAAAUCCCGUAGCAUCAAGGAAAUACAGGCCAAUCCAGCGACACAAUACGAAGGAUCUACCGGCGCGGCAAUCGUGGGCCAUUUCACUAACGAGGGUCUCAAGAGCUCGACCGCCAUGUCCGAGUACGUGCGCGAAGGCUACAAGACAGCCGGGGCGCCUUUCAACAUCGCUUACAGCACCGACAAGAUCAUAUGGGACUAUUUCGACGGUCCUGGAAACCAAUUCGUUCAUGAUCGAUGGACGGCGGCGAUGAAGAGCGGAGGAGAUCGCUUUCCUCCCGAAAUAUUCGCAUCAGUGUUCGACUGGGGUAAACUCCCUGACGACAGCGUGGUAGUGGAUGUGGGAGGGAAUGUGGGCACUGUGACUAGAACGAUCAUGAAGGCACACCCUCGACUCCGCUACGUCGUCCAGGACCUCGACAAGACUAUUGUGGAUGCCAAAGGGUACUGGCAAGAGGAGGACCCUGAAGCACUCGCAAGCGGCCGUGUAAUGCUCCAAGCGCACGACUUCUUCCAACCUCAACCAGUGAAAGACGCAGCCGUAUUUUUCAUGCGUGUCGUCCUCCACGACUGGCCCACCACGAGCUGUCGCGCCAUCAUGCAGAACCUUCGUUCCGCCGCCUCUCCCUCCACCAAACUCAUACUCUACGAAUCGACCAUGCCUUAUGCCUGUGAGGCCCCCAGUGGCUUUACGGAUGACAAACAAGCUCCACCUCGUCCUCCGUAUCCUCUUCUUCCCAACCUUGGCUCAGCGAUGGGGAACUUUCUUACCAUGGUGGACAUGCAGAUGUUGGCGCUCAUGAAUGGUCAAGAGCGAACUAUCGAAGAUUUUCGCGCGCUGGGUGAUGCUACCGGUUGGAAGCUGGAUGCCAUCACCCCCGGGAUGCUUUCGACCUAUGUGUUCUCCACGGCUUGA